GCCUCUGCGGUGUGGCGCUUACGAGCGGCGGCGAUGGAGGACGGGCCGAGCCUGCGAUCGCGUAUUCGUGAGGGGGACUGCGCGGUCCUGAAGCGGGAUGAUGUCUUCAAAGCGGUACCCGUGUUACGGCGGAGGUGAGGGGUUUUCCGUGCAGCUUGGCGUGUCCCCCUCGGCCGAGGCCAAGUGGCAUAGCAAGAAGCACCUGCACCCCAGCAGGAAAUACUGUAAUCAGUGGACACAGCCUGGGCUCUACCUAUUGCAGCAGACAAUUUUAUAGACCAAUGUGUAGAAGUCAGUGUUGGGUAAUGUGGCCAGACAUCUGAUUCAGUAGCAUGGAGCUUUAAAGAAAAAUAAUUUUUGAGAAGCAGUGGUUCUACUUGGAUAAUGCCAUCGGACAUGUUUAUGGAACUACUUUCGAAGUAACCAGUGGUGGAAACCUCCAGCCAAAGCAAGAGGUGGAAGAGACUAACACAGAAACAAAAGAAGCAGGUACAGAUAAUCGUAACAUAGUUGACGAUGGAAAGUCUCAAAAACUGACUCAUGAUGACAUAAAGGCUUUGAAGGACAAGGGUAUUAAAGGACAGGAAAUAGUUCAACAGUUAAUAGAGAACAGUACUACGUUCAGAGACAAAACAGAAUUUGCUCAAGAUAAAUACAUAAAGAAGAAGAAAAAAAAAUAUGAGGCACUUAUUACAAUUGUGAAACCAUCCACUCGCAUUCUUUCAACAAUGUAUUAUGCAAGGGAACCUGGAAAAAUUAACCACCUGAGGUAUGACACCCUGGCUCAGAUGUUGACUCUAGGAAACGUCCGUGCUGGCAACAAGAUGAUUGUAAUGGAAACAUGUGCAGGCCUUGUGCUGGGUGCAGUGAUGGAGAGAAUGGGAGGCUAUGGAUCCAUUAUUCAGAUGUAUCCAGGAGGGGGACCUGUUAGAGCUGCUACCAGUUGUUUUGGAUUUCCAAAAGGCUUUUUUGAUAACCUUCAUGAAUUUCCUCUCAGCAAAGUGGAUAGUCUGCUCUCUGGGACAUUUUCUACAGAGACUCUGCCUUCGGAACCUGAAGAUAAUGCACUAGCGGAUGAAGAAAGCAAUGGAUUGACUGAUGAGAAGCAGACUUCCCUACAGGGAACAGAAGAGGAAUCUACUACUGAAGCAGCUAUGGAGAUCAACCAAACAGAAGAGCAAGAAACAAUGGACAUUAAUGCUGAAGAUGUAGAACUUAAAGAGAGCAAAGAAAAGGAAAAUAAAGAAAAUGUUCGGGAAAAGCAAAGAAAACAGUGGGAGAGAAGGAAAAAGCUGUUAGAAACUGCUGCUUUGUUGAGAGAGAAGAAUGCUGAUGGUUUAAUUGUAGCCAGCAAGUUCCAUCCCACUCCUUUACUGCUUGCUUUAUUGGAAUUUGUUGCUCCUUCAAGGCCUUUUGUUGUCUACUGCCAGUAUAAAGAGCCAUUAUUAGAAUGUUAUACAAAGCUGAGGGAAAGAGGCGGCGUUAUUAACCUAAAGCUGUCUGAAACCUGGCUACGGAACUACCAGGUCUUACCAGAUCGAAGCCAUCCAAAACUGACAAUGAGUGGAGGUGGAGGGUACCUUCUGUCUGGUAUAACUGUUGUCUUGGAUAAGGGCAAAUCUGAUUCCACUAAUUUAGAAGCACUGAAGAUGGAAGAGCCAUCAUCUAAAAGAUGCAAAGUUCAAGACCUUCAUUGUUAACAUUUGAAGAAUUGAUUUGUUUUUUAGAUCUCAGGAGUCUUACUGUUAGUAAAAUAACAAGUAUACUUUCUGUGCUCUUGGCAGCACAGGAAUUGUACCUGCCACACAUCUGUCAGCAAAAAGCUACAGAACUGCCUGGUAGGGAGGACUGACUCGCUUUUUACCAGUGUAUGUGACCAGAAUGAGAAGAAAAACCCCCAGAAGCAAACAUCACAGUGACUUCAAAACAGUGACUUCAAAAAGAAGAGAUCAAGAGAAGCUCAAGCAUCACUGAAGGCAUUCUGUUUGUCUGGUGCCAAAAGUGGACAUGAAGAAGCAGUUUUUAAAAGGUUGAAUUCUGAAUCAACACAUGGGCCUUUGCUUUCCAUUUUCCCACCACAGCAUCAGGAUGACACAUUGUAGGUAGUGGUCUGCUCCUCUUGGGAGACAGAACCCGCCUGUGUUCAGCAAUUCAAGGAAGUGGAAUCAACAGCAAAAAUUAGUUUUCUUUCCAAAGGAACAGUCAAAAGAGAACACUAAUGCCAGAACUUUAUGGCAUGACCCCGUUUUCCUGAAGUAAGUACAGAAGAGCAAGUGCAUGUUCAUAAAUUAAAAUAUCAGAUUUUAAACAGAA